ACUACAAGUAUACUGCAACGCGUUCUAUUACACAAUUUUAAUUGAAAUACAAAUUCUAAACAUGAUUCUGACGAAAAUCAGUUGUUGUGUGCUUUUGUUCCUACUCGGCUCCAACUACCAAGCUGACGCCCAAUUCAAUCCCAAUUAUGCACUACAAUGACGCUAAUCAAGUUCGUAACUGUGAGUUGGUUGGUUUGAAAGAUCUGGAUCAAAGUAACUCAUGGGUGCAAGAACGCAUUCUUGACUUCCUCAACAAACUAAUCAGUUUGGGCGUUGCUGGUUUUCGAGUUGAUGCCGCCAAACAUAUGUGGCCAGCCGAUUUAAAGAAUAUCUACAAUCGUUUAAAUAACUUGAAUACCGAACACGGUUUUGCUGGUGGUUCCCGUCCAUUUAUUUUCCAAGAGGUCAUUGAUUUGGGUGGCGAAGCAAUCUCCAAAUACGAAUAUACUGACUUGGGUGUGGUCACCGAAUUCCGUCAUUCGGCCUCUAUUGGCAGGGUAUUCAGAGGUGGAGACCAACUUCGUUGGUUAACCAAUUGGGGUACUGGAUGGGGUUUCCUUCCCUCRACUAGUGCUUUKGUUUUUGUGGAUAACCACGAUAAUCAACGUGGACAUGGCGCUGGUGGCAGUGAUAUUCUCACCUACAAAAAUGCGAAACAAUACAAAAUGGCGAAUGCCUUCAUGUUGGCUUACCCAUUUGGUAUUUCUCGUAUCAUGUCUUCAUUUUCAUUCGAUGACUCCGAUCAAGGUCCACCAACAACCGACGGUAACAACAUUGCCAGUCCWAUAUUCAAUGCUGAUAACUCCUGUAGCGGUGGUUGGGUAUGUGAACAUCGUUGGCGUCAAAUUUACAACAUGGUUGGCUUCAGAAACAUCGUAUCCGGCACUAAUGUACAGAACUGGUGGGACAAUGGCAGUAAUCAGAUCGCCUUCUGUCGUGGCAAUACGGGCUUCGUAGCAUUUAACAAUGAUAAUUACGAUUUAAACACCUCGCUGCAGACCUGUCUGCCGGCGGGUACCUACUGUGACAUCAUCUCCGGCGAAAAGUCGGGUUCAACAUGUACAGGAAAAUCGGUUGUGGUGGGUUCCGAUGGUCGUGCCAACGUUUCAAUUCGUCAAAACGAGGAGGAUGGUGUGUUGGCCCUACACGUUGAAUCCAAAUUAUAAACGAUCAUAAAGAACUGUUAACCAAUAAAUACUCUUACAACCAAUAAAUACUCGUAUAAACAUUA